AUGGCGCACUCUAAGCGCAACACCUCUCUUCCACACUUUACAUCCUACGAGCGCGAUCUCCUCAAAUCAAGCUGGGGCACCAAACGCGGCGUCAUCGGCCGCGACUCUUUCCUCCCAUUCGGCUCGUGUCGACUCUGCCUACACCCGGCGCGGGAACCCGUCGUCGCCUGCGCCACCAACGGAGAUCUCUUCUGUCGCGAAUGCGCCAUCAGCGACCUUCUCGCCCAGCGACAGGAGAUCAAGCGUCUCGAAAAGGAACGCGAUGAAGCCAAAAAGCGUCUUGCAGAGGAGGAGGAGCGGGCAUUAGAUGAAGCGCGAACACGGGAGCUCCGUGAUUUCGAACUAGUGAGCAUGGGGUUAGAUGCAGCAGCGAAGAAGAACAACGGGUCAAGCCAAUCACAAAAUGACGAGAGCUCCAAGAAACGGAAAGCAGAUACCUCAGAGGCAUUGGCUGCUUUCAAGGCGCGAGAGGUAGAAGUGGACGGGAAGCGGAAGAAGGUGUUCGAGUUGGAUGAUAAAGAGAUGGCUAGAAUUGCGCGCGAGGAACAGGAACGGUUGAAGAAUGAGUUGAAGAAAGAAAAGGAAGCAAACAAAUCAGCCCUACCGUCCUUUUGGGUCCCCUCGCUCACACCCACCACCGAUCCGAACGAAAUCGCCGCCAACAAAUCCAUUAAACUAACACCCAUUUGCCCUGCCUCUACCGACUCCAACCGCCACAGCUACUCCCUCAAAUCCUUAGUCGAGGUGCACUUCACUGAAGAAAAGGCCUCCGAUGGCUCCCCGGCCCGUGUCUGCCCAAGCUGCAAGAAAACACUGACGAACGGGCUCAAAGCAAUGCUAACAAAACCCUGCGGCCACGUCAUCUGCCAACCAUGCGUCAACAAAUUCAUGACUCCGCACGAUGCACCGGAUCCGCACGCCUCGAAAGAAGAACAGGAGCAGACCGCUGCCUUGCAUGGGCGGAUUUUAUGCUACGUCUGCGAGACAGAUGUCACGCCGUCAAGUGACAGUAACAAGGAUUCUGCCUCGUCGGGGAAGAAGAAAAAGAAGGACAAGGAGGGGAUUAAGCCUGGUUUGGUGGAGGUGAGCUCAGAAGGGACAGGGUUUGCGGGGAGAGGUGGGAAUGUUGCAACUAAGUCGGGGGUUGCCUUUCAGUGUUGA